UUAGAAAAAACUUAUUUAGAUCUUGAUAAUAAUCCUUUUGAAUUAAGUACUAAUCUAAACAAAUUUUUUAUUUCUACUCCACCUAAAACAAAUACAAAAAUUAGUUCGCAUACACUUACUUGGACACUAAAUCAAGAAAAUGAUUUAAUGUUAGAUAUUGUAAGUUUUACAUCCAUAUUAAUUUUGGAGAUUCAAAAACAAUUUUCAAAUAAUCCUUUUGUCGAUGCUAUGAAGAUAUUUAAGUUGUCUGAUUGGUCAUUAAAUAAUCAAACCAUAUCAGAAUUCGCAGUAAUUAAUUCUAAUGAUACACGUAUAGAAUGGUUUCAUUUUAAACAAUUAGUUUAUAAAAAUUAUUCUAAUUUACCAAUAGACAAACUACUUGUUUUAUUAUUUCAACUCUUUUCCAAAUAUUGGUUGCGCAAUGGUCUAAAUAAUGAUACAUUGCACAUGUUUAUUAUGGUUGGAUUAGAAGAGACUGAUGUAAUGGAAUUUAAUUUUAAUGACGCAUUGAAGAUUUGGUAUCAAACUAAAGAAAGAAAGAUAAAUAAAGAAGAUUGA